AUGGCCGCCUCCGCCCUCUUCAUCCUGGACCUCAAGGGGAAGCCGCUGAUCAGCCGCAACUACAAGGGGGACGUGGGGCUGGGGGAGAUCGAGCACUUCAUGGGGCUGCUGCUGCAGCGGGAGGAGGAGGGGGCCCUCACCCCCCUCCUGACCCACGGCAAGGUCCACUUCCUCUGGAUCAAACACGCCAACCUCUACCUGGUGGCCACCACCAAGAAGAACGGCAACGCUUCCUUGGUCUACUCCUUCCUCUACAAGGUGGUGGAGGUCUUCUGCGAGUACUUCAAGGAGCUGGAGGAGGAGAGCAUCCGCGACAACUUCGUCAUCGUCUACGAGCUCCUGGACGAGCUGAUGGACUUCGGCUUCCCGCAGACCACAGACAGCAAGAUCCUGCAGGAGUACAUCACGCAGGAGGGCAACAAGCUGGAGACGGGCAAGUCCCGCGUCCCCACCACGGUCACCAACGCCGUGUCCUGGCGCUCCGAGGGCAUCAGGUACAAGAAGAACGAGGUCUUCAUUGACGUCAUCGAGUCAGUGAACCUGCUGGUGAGCGCCAACGGCAGCGUGCUGCUGAGCGAGGUGGUGGGCACCAUCAAGCUGAAGGUCUUCCUCUCGGGGAUGCCCGAGCUGCGCCUGGGCUUGAACGACCGCGUCCUCUUCGAGCUGACCGGACGGGGCAAGAACAAGUCGGUGGAACUGGAGGACGUGAAGUUCCACCAGUGCGUCCGGCUCUCCCGCUUCGACAACGACCGCACCAUCUCCUUCAUCCCCCCCGACGGAGACUUCGAGCUCAUGUCCUACCGCCUCAACACCCAGGUGAAGCCGCUCAUCUGGAUCGAGUCGAUCAUCGAGAAGUUCUCCCACAGCCGGGUGGAGAUCAUGGUCAAGGCCAAGGGCCAGUUCAAGAAGCAGUCGGUGGCCAACGGGGUGGAGAUCGCGGUGCCGGUGCCCAGCGACGCCGAUUCCCCCAAGUUCAAGACCAGCGUGGGCUCCGCCAGGUACCUCCCGGAGAGGAACCUCGUCAUCUGGACCAUCAAGUCCUUCCCGGGGGGGAAGGAGCACCUGAUGCGCGCCCAUUUCGGGCUGCCCAGCGUGGAGAAGGAGGAGGAGGAGGGGCCGCCCAUCUCCGUCCGCUUCGAGAUCCCUUACUUCACCGUCUCGGGCAUCCAGGUGCGGUACAUGAAGAUCAUCGAGAAGAGCGGGUACCAGGCGCUGCCCUGGGUGCGAUACAUCACCCAGAGUGGGGACUACCAGCUCCGCACCAGCUAGGGGGGCUCCCCGGACCCCCAUGGACCCACCCGGAGCCCCCCCUCGCCCCGGGGUCCCCCCCUGCGCCCACCCUCUUUCUCUGUUCCUAUA